AUGUCGAUGGUCAGCCUUCCGGGGUUGAGCAAGGCCUGGAAUCAACAGCAGCUGAAGAAAUCACAGUUUCUCACAAUCAGUACAUGUCCCAAGUUCCCACCUACUACAUGGGUCCAACGAUGGUUUCUCCAAAUGGAUAUUACUUGGUUCCGAUCCCUUCUCAAGGAACAGCGUAUCCGCAGCGUUUCAAUAUUUCGCCUACACAGAGUAACUCUACCCAAACAUCACCUACACCUGUUGGAAGGUUUCCUCUCCCUGGAUUGUAAACUCUAUGCUUCUUCAUUUAGGAUUUUGUUUGUUUGA